UACAGGUGCUGGGGCACGAUUUGAAAAAAUCGAAGGCAAGAUGGAGAUGCAGGAAAGCGGUACGAGUGCUGGGGAACACAGGUCACUCGCAUGUAAGUUUGGGCUAAUUAUUAUUGAGACUCUUUCAUACACUUGUCUGAUUGAAAUUUCCCGUCAGUCGCAUGUCAAGAGAACUUUCGUUCAGUUCGACUCUACCAAACAGCGCACGUUUUCUUCGGACACUUCGGGUGGUUUCUCUAGUAACACUAGACAAAUAAGGGAUGAACUUUACUGCAUCUUUAUGGAAAACAGUUUGGAAUUGAUAAAGCUAUUGAGCAUAAAGUUAGUUUAGUUUAGGUUUCCUCCUGUAGUAUUACUAGAACAGCAUAAAGUUAGUUUAGUUUAGGUUUCCUCCUGUAGUAUUACUUUCUGAAUCUCUAGGGAAAACAGUUUAGAGCUGACAGAGCUAUCCAGGAUAAGAUUAGUAUAGUUCACAAGUUUCCUCGUGCAAUGACAUGAGACCAAUAAGGGAUAAUAUUUGCUGGACCUCUAAGGAAAAUACUUUAAAACUGAUAGAGCUAUUCAGUAUAAAGUUAGUUUAGUUUGGGUUUCUUCUUUUCGUGGCACUUAGAGAGAACAGUGCAGAUCAUAUUGACCCAUCCAGCAUAAAUAAAGUCAGUCUGUCCGUGGAAAGGAAAUACUGAUGUUUCUUUAUUUAUCUAGCUCCCCCGGGCUUCACGAAAACUCCUAAAGGGACCGUUGCUAAAGCAGGAACCAAUGUUACCUUCCCAACGACAUUCCAUGGUGAUCCUCAGCCCUCUGUAGUAUGGACCAAGGACGAUGUGGAAAUAAAAAGUGAAGGAAAAUUUAAUAUCAAUACCACUGAAGGUGCGAGCACGCUCGAGAUCUUCAACGUAGGCAAGGCUGAUAAUGGCUGGUAUAAAAUCGCAUUACACAACCCUUCAGGCUGGGCAUGGGCAAACGCACAAUUAAUUGUUACCGGUAAGUUCAUUAACGGACCUAUUCCCUGAUGAACAAAAUUUUGAUCAAGACAAGUCUAGACAAAAAUUUCAUCACAGCUUGAAAGAGCAUCACAAAAUUAGUAAUAUUCCGUAGUAGUACGCGCGGGAAAUUGAUACUUUUUUUCAGAAAGCGGUAUCAAUUUCCCGUGCGUAAUACAAAAUGACUGAAAAACGGCAAACUUCGCAGGGCUAUAUUAUCUGCAUUUUACAACAUUUCUCAACGAAACUUCGGAAUAUUACUAAUUUUGUGAUGCUCUUUCAAGCUGUGAUGAAAUUUUUGUUACUUUACUUUUUUACGUUACUUCUGGGCAAGUAUAGUAGGACUGUAGGAGUAUGGUUUCUGUAUACCAUCACCUUAGGGUAGCGAAAUUGAGAAACAUGUAUUGUGCUGGCUCUUCGUGAUCCUUAACCAUGCAUGCUUAACUACAGUCAGUCCGCAAAGGCACGAUGCGGGCAUAAGCAGAGCACUGUCUUUCUGUGGUCAAAAUUCUUUUUGCAGCACCCCCCCCUUACGACAACUGUUUGAGAGAGCAGGAUUUGACAGGUUAAAUUAUCCAAAGAAACUUCCAUCAUCAAGAAAUUCGGUCUUGAUUUUGAAAAAUGACUUGCUUAGCUACCCCCUUAACGAAAUUACCCUAUUAAGGAAGUGAGUGUGUGUGUUUGUUGGGGGGGGGGGGGGUAUUUAAACACUAUUCACCUGAGCUAUGUUAUUUAAAUACUAUUCACCUGAGUUCAGAACAAUAUCAGAUCACUUGAAGGUGUCCCUCAGUCAAGAACACGUUCUACCCUGAUCUAACAAUGCUUGCCUUGAUACAUGCUUUAAUAGAGUGCAAGUUUAAUACAUUCAGUAACAUAUUUCUAUCAAAUACAGGUGCUGGGGCAAGAUUUGAAAAAAUCGAAGGCGAGAUGGAGAUGCAGGAAAGCGGUACGAGUGCUGGGGAACACAGAAAACCAAGAGAUGUGAAAGAAGACAAAAAGCCAGGUACAGGGUGAAAACCCAACCAUUCCAUGAUGCACCACGCACAACACUUAAACUUUGCAAUCACCCACUACGAAUUCACCACAAAUUAUGCACCAUCGUAACACAUUACCAUUAUCCACCCCCGCAUCUUGUUUAAUUCUAAAAUUGCAAGCCCUGUCACACCAUGACGCAACAUACACAACCACGCAAACGUUGCAAUCACCAACUACGAAUCCAAAAUCACCACAAAUCAUGCACCACCCAUUACUCCUGCGGUACACUGGUACAGUUCAUAUUGUACCGCACUGUCUUACACCAACAACAGGAUGUACACUUAACUUACUGCAUAAGCAGGGGCGGACUGUUUGGGUAAUUGAGAAGUGAACCGAGGCCCGGAGACCUUUCGGGGUCAGGAAUUGCUGGAAGAAGGACAGAUUUAGAUUAUUUCCUUUUGCUGAAAAUUCACCAGGCUUCUGAGCUAUGAUUCCUGGAACAUGAUUGGCUCCUUCCGAGUGCAAGCUACUCUGGCCGCCAAUCAGUUUUAGCGAAAAAAUCGUCGCGAAAAUAUCGGCGUGUCUUAGAAACUUUGACCCUACGUUGUGAAAACCAAGUAGACUUGGCUGUAUUUAUGCUACAUGUUUCAAAUGCAGAUAAGGAAGCAUGGUAUAAUGUUUCCUUCACGUUUGUGUAAAAAUGUUCCUCAAUCCUCUUGCUACGACAAAUGUCCCUCAGGAUCCCGAGAUGCCACCUUUCUCCAGGUCCGCAUUAAUUAAAGUACAUUUGUACUGUACCAUUAUGCACCAUUAUUAUACACUUUUCAGUAUCUGCAUGUCCUUCGUAGCCCCAAACGACUGUCUAUUCCCCCCAAAACGGGGUGCACCCUUACCAUUAGCCCGUAUCGCGGGUAAAUUUUUUGUUUAUUUUUUCCACAUUGUCUUUGCAAUUACCAACAAAGAAAUUACCACAAAAUAUGUACCACCAUUAACCCGAAUUUCAGCUAUCACUAAGAUUCAUAAUAAUUCAAACCUCGACCCAGGUUUGAAAACUAGCCAGCGAUCUAGAAAUACCCGAGAGACCUUGACCCUUUUGCUCAUAAAUAUAUAGGUAGGCGGUCAGAAGUUGGAAUCUUAAAAGAUCUUGCAAUACACCGAAAUUGAAAGACACUGUUUAUUUUAUACUUUAUCGGCAUUAUAAUUUGCAAACAGCUGGCGAAAUGGUUGCAAGCGCUGUGAGGGCAUCUGUUAAGUCGAGCGACAAUUUUUGUCUAAUCUUAAGGGCUCCAUUUGGAGGGAAAUAAAUCAGUUGGUGACUGCUAUUUAAACUUAAUCAAGGAGUCUUGAUUCUUAUCUCGUAACAGUAAACUAUCACUGUCUUAAUCUUCUAUCCAGAUGACGUAUGUAGACUUAUAAAAAAGACAAGCCCCACAUAUGGCUUCAGAGACGCUCCAGCCCAUUGUUAAUUUGAUAAUUAAAAAUAAUUUACUGGAAUUGACAAACUUCAUUAGAAUAAAUACUAAAUAGUCAUUAUAAUACUGUCAUUUCCUUACUCAGUUGCAAAUAUAUAUUAUAUAAAGAACAGCUUGCAUAUCUGAUACAAAAUCCUGCUGGUUUAAAAAAAAGUUAAAAUUAUUGAAAAACACGUUUUGAUCAACAAGGGAUUACUAAGCUUCCUGAAGCCUUUGGCAUUAGGCUAAAUUUAAACUGUAAAUCUUACGACAUAGCAACAAAUUUAAGAUUGUUGAUCAACAACUUGAACUGUUAACUGAUAAAGCAAUCUUUAGGUCACGUACUAGUCAUUUUAUUUAUAAACCUGAGCUUUGGAGUUUUGAGAGAUUAAAGAUAUAAGCUCCAGGCUGUAGUGGGGUCAGUGUUGCAUGGUUCUGUAUAUGGGCAACUGUUUCCAUGAAAUCAUGGACUAUCUCCAAUAAAGACUGCGCUUAAUUAAACAAACAAAAUUAUAUACUAUGAACCUGAAAAUCCCUGGACUUGGAAAUAGAUUUGAUUAAAAUGUUACAAUGCAUGCUACUCCACUUUCUUAUUGUUGUUUAAUAUUUGCACUGUUCUCAUAAACCAACUCUUAAAUUAAUACAAUUGUAUAUUUGUGUUCGCCCACAGUUAUUGGUGUAUAAUGUUGUUGUAACCUUUUGUGACAACGCCUUAAAGUUUGAAAAUAGAUGAAAAUUAAUAAGGCUUAAGUUCAAUGUCAGGUUAAGUUUCCAGUAUGUUUACGUGGUGGUGAAUUGUUGACAAAUAUAUGGCGCAAUGUUGGACGAAAACACGCUCCAAACACAAUAGCUGAUAAUGACAGUCUCGUAAUAUGGCCGCCUCAAAUGCUAACCAAAAUGUAAUUGUUUUGCUCUGUGGAAAAUUAAGGGUAGAAUUAGCAAGAUCUACCAGACCUAAAUAACACCUAUCAUAUAAUAACCAUAUUUAUUGGAUUUCAGUGGUUCAAAUUUCACUCUAUACUUAUAUUGAUGAUUGAAAAGGACACUAUAGUACAAAGUAUUUUUACAAAAUGAGCAGGUUUCAAUCAAUGUGUAAAUUGCUAUCGAAUUCGCGAAUAGAAUUAGGGAGCAAAAUGUUUCUGUGAGACUGUGACCAUGUCCAUAUUUGGAUAAUUUCUUAGCAAAUUACCGAAGAGCUAAUUGCCUAAUUUACCUAAUAGACCUAAUUGCCCAGCAUGGUGCGACUACCAGUAUAAAUACAUCAUUCGUUAGCAAUUACCAAAUGCGCAUUUAUGUUAUGUCAAUUAUCUCCCAAUAAUUGCUAUACUUUCUUAAAUAUUCUGUGCUAAGCAUUUAGUAAACAUUUUAUUUCGCAUGAAACGAAUUAAGUUUACUCCGUAAUUGCUUAGUUUUAAUAUGAUUACCAGCACAGAAAAAAUUACCUACAUGACUAGUUGAUAUUCUUAAUUUUUGUUAAAAAUCAGCUUAGCGAGUGAUCUGAUUAGAGCAUUUUGAUUCAAUCUAUACCUCGUAAAUUAUUCAUGAUUUCAUAAAGGUUACGCAGUAUUGUUAAACUAUUAAAGGCGCAAAUCGAAUACAAAUCGAGAUACAAAUUUAUAUUAGCUCUCUAUGCUAUUCGAUUACAUGAUUAAGGUAAUACCCUAACGACCUGAUAUUGUUUACACAUAUUUUUUCAACUUCGCCAAGUAGCAAUCAUCACAAGUGCGGUCUAGCGGAACUCACUCUCUGACCUUUAAUUGUCUGGUUUCAAUAAAGUAAAUGUUGUGAGGAUGUCACAAUAGUGAUUUAUUCUUUCUCAAUGAAAAGGUAAAGGGUUUGAGUGGUUAAGUGAUUUGCGUGACUUUUUUAUUAUUUAUUUUGAUUGUAUGCUAAAUUAUUUUCGCUUUGACAUACUUCACACAAGGGACAAAUGGUUUAAAGACUUUGGUAUUUAAGUGGUUUUGUAAAGUGAUACGUAUAGACGUUUCGCUCUGAGAAACAUGUCAUUUGAAUACGCGCAACUAUAACGAUUACGCGCAGUUGGAUAAUAUUUGCGCGUUUUAUCCGCAUGACUGAAUCGCUACUUGUUGAGAUUAUCUCCGCAUAAAUCGCGCUGUGCUGCUUGUACUGCCCAUAUGUUAGACGCAUUUCGCGCGAUAAGAAUAGAUUGAGCAAGCUAUAAUUGCGCUUGCAAUGAAACUGUCAUUUCAUACCAGGCAUAUGCGAUGCGCAUUCCAAAUAAAUUUGCAUGAACUCCGUAAAUUUGCGCUCUAUUGUUUGGAAUUUUCUUGUAACGCAGUAUAAUCAGAUUUAGAAAGAUAAUAGGAUUCUGACAAUAACAUUCGCUGCGGGUAACUCUACGUUAGAACCUUUUUAAAUUGUUAUUUAAAAUAUGUGAGAUGAAAAUUAAGUCCAUAUAAUUGGCAUAUUAGUGGUAUGGAAAAGCUCAUUUCCUUUUCACGUCACGUUCAUAAUUUGCUCUAUGAUUUUGUAACCUUUUUUCGUCAACUUUUUACGUAAGUUUAUGUUACAUUGUCCUGGGCUGUAACUGCUGUUGAUAUUUAUUUACAGUGUAAAAAAUGAAAGCGUUGAAAUAUUCCAUGCUUGGCGGUCUCUCACGCCAGCAGGUGGUGGACAUAGGAGACAGCAUGAAUGCGCACCGUUAAUUAACCCACGCGCGGAUGAGUGUCGUGUCUCUUUACAAAGCGCAGCAUUAUUACCGUUCCUUUUCUAUUUCAAGUAGGCACAAUGGCACAGAGCGCUCCGGUUUUCUCAUUGGAAUUGGUCGAUUGUAAGACGAAAGAUGGUAACGCGGCCAGAUUUGUGGGUAGGGUAUCAUCCCUACCACCGCCAACCGUUAAGUGGUUCAAGGACGAUAAACUAUUACACGAAAGUCGACAGUACAGCUUUUUGUACACCGGUUCGUCUUGUACGUUAAUCAUAACCCGAAGCAAAGAGGCCGACGUCGGGACUUACAAAUGUGUAGCAACAAAUAGCCAGGGUAGUGCGUCGUCGAGUGCGAGGCUAAUACUUGAAGAGCUUGGCAACGAUUGCGGUGACUCGAGCUCGGAGAGUGAAGGGGAAGCCCAAACGGAGGUAGAACCGAAAUUAGUCACCUUAACUCGCAACAGCGCGGAGGAUAUUUACACCAUGCAAGACGAAUUGGGUCGAGGGAAAUUUGGUAUCGUUAAGAAGUGCGUCGACAAGUCUACAGGUCGCGAGUACGCAGCGAAGUACAUUGUAUGUAACAGGAAGGCUGCACGUGACGAGGUCCUUCAUGAGAUAGACGUGAUGAAUGAGUUAAACCAUAAACGACUUCUGAGGCUUGAAGCUGCGUUUGAUUUGGGGAAAGAGAUGGUGCUUGUGAUGGAAUUGAUUACGGGAGGAGAACUGUUCGAGAAGUUGGUCGAGGAAGACUUCAUCAGCGAGCAAAUUGCGACAUUGUAUUUGGAACAGUUGCUGGACGGUCUUGGCUACAUGCAUGGUAAGAAUAUAUUACAUCUUGAUCUGAAACCCGAAAAUAUGAUGCUUGUCCGACCAGGAAGUAAACGAAUCAAGAUCAUAGACUACGGCCUCGCGAGGAAGUACAAUCCGGGUCAGAAAUUACAAGUCAUGCAGGGAACACCGGAGUUCGCAGCCCCGGAAGUUAUAGCCUACGAAGGUGUUACCCCGGCGACCGACGUCUGGGCUGUGGGAGUUAUAACGUACGUAGUGCUUAGCGGUCUAUCCCCCUUUCUUGGCGACGAUGACGGGGAGACGAUGAGCAAUAUAUCCAGUAUGGCUUGGGAAUUCGAUGAUCCAGUUUUCGACGAAGUCACUGAUGAGGCUAAAGAUUUCAUCUUGAAAAUUUUAAUGAAAGAUGAACGAAAGCGCAUGACGAUUCUCGAAUGCCAUGCUCACCCGUGGCUUAGGACAAAAACCAAGAAAAGGCUCGAGACGCAGCGACUUAAAACUUUCACGGCCCGACGCAAAUGGAAAAAGGCGCUCACCGCUGUACGGAGUACCAAUUUCUUGAGCCGCAUCUUGAACAAAAGUGGAAAGAGUGGCGACAAAGCUGGCAGUGCUGGUAAAGGUGCUUUCCUGGCGAAGAUUAAACAGCAAAUCGCCGCAGAGGAGACCGCAGAAAAUUCUGAAAGCGCAAAAGAUGCAAAAGAUGUCAACGAGAAUAUCGCGUCGAUCAAGAACGAAGUGCCUCAGUUGAAUGGUGAUGUUAAACAAGAGGGUAACAAAGGUACACGUAGUGUGAAAUAUGGAUAUUUUUAUCGCACUCGCACAAAUAUGCACCGAGUUUCACCUGUGGUUUUUUUCAUCCUCGUUCCCAGUUGAGGUUUGCUUUGUUGGGGGUCUUUGAUUUUUUUGCUAUUUUGGUGGCAUGAAUUUUUUGUCCGUAUGGAAUUUUCCCCGAGGUUUUUUAUACUAAUUUUUAAUAUUUCUCCACGUUUUUUAAGGUAAUAAUAUUAAUUAUUAUUAUUAACAUAAAAUAAUGUAACAUCAACCAGUGCAUGAAACUUAUUUUAAUAAUAAUAUAAGUAAUAAUAAAGUAAUUAACAGCAGAAAGAAAAGUUUAAGCAUGGUGAUUGCAUGAUCGCCUAUGAUAACCAUACAGAGCUAAUCUGGACUGGUGCAUGGUCAGCUACAGAAAUAUUAAUACAUAUUUCAUGGUAACCUGCAUAAUUUUAAUGAUCUAAGCCAUUUGCGCAUAUUCUCCAUUUCAUAUAUGAAUGACUAAAUUACGUAACUUCACUAACUUGUUCGUAAAACGUUCGUAAAUCGUUCGUACAUCAUUCGUGCAUCAUUCGUGAACCAUUCGUAAGUUCGUACGUAAUAUAAUACCGUAUUGAUAGCUGGUCAUAAGUCAGGAGUCACUCAUAGCAGGUCAAAUUAUGUUUAUCUAUUUAGUCAUUAGUCUGUGGUUUGUGCGAUCAUUUUGCGUAAUUCUACCGUUAAUCAGACUAAUUUGCACAUAUUUUGCAUGCCAUUAUUGCACACUUAUUCAGGUCUUACAAUCACGCGAGGACGUUACGUCACGUUGAGUAAUCCACGAUUUUGGGUGGCAAAUAUAAUGGUGGGCUCUAUAUGAACAGCAGAGAAAACCACUGUCUCGAUUCGCCAGAAAAUGGCCUCGGUAAUGAAUUCGUAUUAAGUCAGUUAAAUGAAAACGAUAAUUUGGAAAUCUCUCGAAGUAAUCUAGACCGCUGUUUGUCGCUGUGUAUGUUUUUAAUUAGCUUAAAAUAUUUGCCACCCAAAUUAGUGAAAGUCGACCAAUUACACCACAGGAUGUGUUGUGACGUCACUUGCGAGAGCUGAAUAACUUUGUUAUAUUAUAUCCAUAAAUAUCGUUCGUAUAACGUUCGUGUGACAAUUGUACGUCAUUCGUGGACCAGUAGUGCAUGGAAUAGAAUGUUUGAAAGCUUUAAUGAAAGCACAACUCAUCUAUGCUGUGGCUAUAGUCUUGUUUUGUCCUUUUCUCGUCACGUGUUUAUUAGGGAAAUUCAGAUUUGACUUCCACUACUGCCACCUCCCACAGGCUUAAUACGUAAUUGAUUGGUUAAUCGGGUAGAUUAAACGCAUCUGAUUGGUUAAUGGUAACGGUAGUGGAAGUCAAACUCUGAACAUCUUUUGUUGUAAAUUACGAAUGGGACAGUUUCCGCAUGUCGUUAAAUGAAUUUUUGGAGCAAAACAUGUCUGUUGAGCUCAACAACCUUGUAGCAAGUUGUCAAUAAGCCGUUGACAACUUGUGAACAAGCUGGGAACAAGCAGUGCGAACACAUCCUGUUGACAAGUUGUUGGAACAGCAUUGCUACAAGUCUACUGCAGGUUUGUAACUUGUGUGUAGUCAUCCAGUUAUCGGAAUGUUCCAUGCACUGUCUUUUCAUUUUUUUUUGAAAAUCCUACUGUUCUUGUAGUUUUAGCAUAUUUGUGACAUUGUACUUAUUGUACGUCAUUCAGCUUUCAAAUGUUUUAUUCUAUGAUCAUUCUUACAGUCUAAGUUACAGACCAACCUUAUAGCAAACUGCACUGUAAUACCAAGUUUCCAACAUAUUUUCAAAGCCUUUCUGUCAUAUUCGAUUUUUAGCAGGUCAAUCAUCUUUCAUCGAGGAACUUCAAGACCAGCAGGUACAGAAGGGGUCACCCGUCACACUCACAGCCAAAAUUUCGAGCACUGGUACCGAGCCUAAAAUCACGUGGAAAAAAGACGCUAAGGUCCUGGGCCGAGGUCGAGCGCGGAUGACGUACGACAAGGGAACGUUGACGUUAAAAUACGCAAGGACUGACUACGAGGACACCGGGGUUUAUACAGUGGAAGUCGAUACUGGAUCAAACGUGAUUGAGUCCAGUGCAAAUCUUGAGAUCGCAGGUAUGUAAAUGCUUGGUGCCCGCUUUAGUGUAUUGUCUGUUGGAAUUUUUAGUCUCUAAAUAAAACCUUGUCUUCCACGUAAAACAAUUGUCGCUUGCUGCGAGCGAUUGUGUCUCGUACACGCGUAAAAAUCUCACACCUUGUAGCAAGUCUGCUAACGAGCCGUCAACAAGUUGUGUUCGCACUGCUUGUCCCAAGUUGUCAACAAGUUUGGAACAAGCUGUGCACAACUUGUAACAACCUUGUUGAUAUUAUCAGACUUGUUGCAAGGUUGUUCCAACAAGUUUGAUACAGUCAUGAUAUAACAAUAUUGUUACAACCUUGUGUAAUCAACCUUGUAACAUUCUUGUUUUAUCAUGACUGUAUCAGACUUGCUGGAACAACCUUGUAACAAGUCUGAUAAUGCCAUCAAGCUUUUUGUAACAAGUAACAUCAAGCUUGUUGUAACAAGUUUGGAACAAGCUGUGAAGUAAACACAAAAGAAAUCAUGGGCGUGAAGGAGUCUGUAUAUGUGAUACAGAUUCAUGUUGAUUUACAUAAACUUUAACUUUGAUUUUCUCGGCUUAGACAACGUUUAUUUUUAAAAUUACUUCGCCAAUGAACUCAUAAGAUGAGUCGUUUUUUAUGCAAUUUUCCGGCUCGAGUUUGUAUAUCCGAUACAACACGCACGCGAAUGUUGUAAAUAGUAACUAUUUUGUAGUUAAAUAGUGAUUAACUCUCAAAUACGCGCUUCUUAUUGGAUGACGUUCGCACUAACUAUAGUUAACUUUAAUCACUUUUUUAUACCACCGGCCCCUGUUAUUUAGCUUUUCUAUGAUAUAUUUCUUAAACCGUAACGAUGAGAAAUGGCCAAAUACUCGUCAAAUAAAAAUUGUCAGUCGAAAUCACAUUCUUCCACCAUUGAGAAUUGAAAAUACAUUAAUUAUUCAAAGUUAAUCAAUCCAAAAGCAACGCGAGCCUGCUGCAAGGUAUUUGUUUCGUAAAAAUUUUCGUAAAACGUUUUGAUUACGAAUGUUCUCUGUUCAUGCAAUGGUUAAUUGAACCAAGUUUAAUGUAAUAAUGGACGUUCUUAUUGUCUCACUAAGACGAAGAUUGACGAGUUGAGCUCAUUUUAGAUAAUUUAACAUUCAACUUUAAUUCCCUGUUGGGAAUUGUCUAUGUUUCGUUUUCCAUGCAAUUCCCAACGGUGGAAGAAUGUGAUUUCGACAGGCAAUUUUGACGAGUAUGUGGCCAUUUCUCAUCGUUACGAUUUAAAAAGAGUAUCAUAGAAACGCUAAAUAACUGUUCUUUCGUCCUAUGUAAAAAUUGAAUUGUUUAGCCACGUUUAUGAUGCACGACAGCCUGUUGAAUUUCCAUAGCGUUUUUUUAGACACCAUGUAUAGUACGUGUAUUCUUCUUUGAAGAGUUUAUUUCUCAUCUUUCUAGAUGUUCCUGACUCGCCCUCGCCUCCCGAGGUCUCGGAAAUUACAACAAAUUCCUUGAAACUAUCAUGGCGUGCGCCCAAAGAUGGUAACAGUCCUAUCACCAAAUACGUCCUCGAAUACCGCAAGACAGGAGAAAAAGACUGGACACUAGUUCCAGGAGAUGUGGCAUCAACGACGCAUGUAAUCGAAGACUUAACUCCGAGGACUUCCUACAGAUUCCGUAUUAGUGCCGUAAACAAAUUAGGGAGUAGCCGACCAAGCAGGUUCUCAGGCCUUGUCGAAACCAAGAGAUAGAAAACAGGUAUUUACGCAUGUUUUUUUUUCUACAUUUUUUCUACAUAUUUUUUUUUGUAAUUUUUCAUUUAUUCGCUAAUUUGUAAACUCGAUAGUGUUCAACCUCGUACAAAAGGUUCUCAAUCUUCGCUUCUACCUCGCUUGAAUUGAGACCCUGGUAUCGCUGGUCACGUGACCUGUCAUAUUUUGGCGGAUUUGUUCAAUUGUUUUUAGGGAAAGGAUAGUAACUGAGAUGUUUUGUUUUGUAAUGUUAUUUUAACAAUAUUAAUGUUUACUACAAUAUCUACUUACUAUACUUUCCCUAAAACAAUUGAACAAAUCCGCCAAAAUAUGACGGGUCACGUGACCAGCCGAUACCGGAGUCUCAAUUCAGGCGAGGUAGGAGCGAAGAUUGAGAACCUGGGUACGAGGUUGGAUAGUGUUCUCUGCAUAAUGUUUUUAUAUUGAGACUUAAAACACACGCACUAGUUGGGUUCCACAAAGCAGAUGGUGCUCGACCGACGGUAAAAGACUGGGACCUGGCUGCCUUUCAUUUCGCCUGUGACGUCAUGUUUACCAAAUGCUUUCCCAACAUUGACCAAUCCUGCCAAAGCCAGCAUCGUAUUCGGUUGUUGACACCAUCUGUCAGAGCUGUGGACUCGAGUCCCAAUUUUUCUGACUUAACUUGUUACUCAGGUUAACGACUUGUGACUUGGACUUGCAAGAAAUGACUUCUUACCAAAGCAAGUCAAACGUAAAGUCUUAAAUAUCUGGUGAAAAUUAACUUUUCUAUAACUUGCACUGGAAACUCAUCGAUGCGCAGGGACUAGUGCAGCCAGAUUGGCAUAUCGCAGUAUGGCUCCUGAGACUUGGUCACAGACAAAAAAGACGUGUGACGUGGCUUGACUUGCUACUCGGAAUGAAUGACGUUUGGCUUGACUCGGACUUAAUGACUUGUAACUUGGACUAAAUGACUUGUGACUUGGACUAAAUGACUUGUGACUUGGACUAAAUGACUUGUGACUUGGACUAAAUGACUUGUGACUUGGACUAAAUGACUUGUGACUUGGACUAAAUGACUUGUGACUUGGACUAAAUGACUUGUGACUUGGACUAAAUGACUUGUGACUUGGACUAAAUGACUUGUGACUUGAUUUGAUUUGGUACUCUGAAUGAAUGACUUUGACUUGUCUUGAUCAGUGACGGAAAUAUUGAUGGGGCGGGGGACGGCCGCCCCCCACCUUCACGGAAAAUUGACGAAUUUUCGGAAUUUUUGACCUAAAAGAGGGCUAAAAACAGUCUUUUCGAGUGCAAAUGGGGGGUAUGUCGGAAAUUUGAGAGUUUUGUCGGAAACUUAGUAGGCUUUGCCCCCCCCCCCCGAUCGGAAAAAGUGAAUUUCCGCCACUGGUCUUGAUUUGACUUGGACUAAAUGACUUAUGACUUGCGAAAUAAGACUUGCCAAGAUCUGUUGCCUAGCUAAAAAUCGAGUCACUCCUGACAUUACUAGUGUUUAAAUGUUAUUAGAUUACUGGAUGUUUGAUAGUAAAUAUUUUGCUAUACUUUUCUAGAAUUUGCUUGAGCCAAUGAAAUUAUAAAUAUUCAAUGCAAGUCAACAACGCCAGAGAAUUGGGGUCUGAACCAAGGAUGAAAUAUUUGUAUUAUACAGUUUAAUUUAGUUUAGUAAUUAGCAAUUAUAUAUUACAUUAAUGAAGUACAAUUUACAUGAAUUAGAACAAUUGUAAUAGCAUAGUUUAUAAUAGUGUAGUUUUUCAGUUGUGUUUUUAUAAUAGUGUGGAUUUUGUAUCGAUUAAAAAUAUGUAGGUUUUUAAUACUGAUAUAGUUCAUUUUAAUCGAGAAAUUUGUAUCGUAUUUUUGCAUAUAUGUGCGAUUUUAGUUUUGUAAACUUAAAUAUUGUAUCAUAAUUAUUUUUCUACUUUAAAAUUUAUAUUGUUUAUAACUGAGUAAAAAUAAUAAUAUGGUCUAUCUG